AUGGAAACGCCUCGCCUGGGUUGGGUGCCUGUCCGCCGGAUUCUCCACUUUCCAAGAUCCUGCGCGUUCCAGUCCCGUCGGGCAGAUGCAUGCAAGGAUGUUAGUGUGCAAAACGAGGCACCUUCAGCAGGCCAGCCUUUUGCUUUUAACUGUACGCACCCACCACUAACAUCUGGGAAAGUACGUGUAACAUGGUAUAAAUAUCCUAACAAAGUCCCAGUAUCCAAAAACACACAGUCUAGAAUUCACCAGGAGCAAAACUGGAUUUUGUUUCUGCCCCUGACACAGGAGGACUCUGGGAUCUACCAAUGUGUUAUAAACAGCACAAACACCUGUCACAGAAUCCACGUAAACCUCACUGUGUUAAGAAAAUACUGGUGUGGUGUUUCUGGAAAUGGCCAGCUGAUUUUAUCAGACGAAUACAGACAAAUAUUACGUGCUGGAAGGGAUGACAGCCUUACCUGUCAUCUGAACUUCCCACAGAGUUGUGUUUUGGAUUCACUAAAGUGGUAUAAGGGCUGUGAAGAGAUUAAAGGAGAACGGUUUAUUUCCUGGGAAACAAAGCUAUCAGUGAGCAAUGUUUCAGCAGAGGACGGAGGGAGCUAUGCGUGUCAAGCCCGACUGACACACACAGGGAAACAGUACACCGUUUUAAACAGCAUCACUGUGAAUAUUGCAGAAACAAAUGGAUAUGCAGGAAGAAUUCCUAAAAUCAUUUAUCCAAAAAACAAUUCAAUUGAAGUACAACUUGGCUCUCCCCUUACUGUGGACUGCAAUAUCACAGACACAAGGGAUAAUACAAAUCUCCGAUGCUGGAGAGUCAAUAACACCUUGGUGGAUGAUUACUACAGUGAAUCCAAACGCAUCAGAGAAGGAUCCGAAUCCCACAUUUCUUUCCAGAAACAUAUUUUUUACACAGUGAACAUAACUUUCUUGGAAGUGAAAAUGGAAGAUUAUGGUCAUCCUUUCAUUUGUCACGCCGGAGUGUCAGCGGCAUAUUUUAUUUUAAAACUCCCAGCUCCAAAUGUUCAAGCUUACUUGAUAGGAGGGCUUCUCGCCUUGGUAGGUGCAACAGCGUCUGUCAUGUACCUCUACAACAUUUUUAAGAUCGACAUUGUACUCUGGUAUCGAAGUGCCUUCCAUUCUACCGGGACCAAAGAAGAUGGCAAGCUGUAUGAUGCCUAUGUCUUAUACCCCAAGCCUCAAAGAGAAAUCCAGAGCCAUGAGGUGGACACGCUGGUAUUGAAGAUUCUGCCUGAGGUGCUGGAGAGGCAGUGUGGAUACAAAUUAUUUAUAUUUGGCAGGGAUGAAUUUCCUGGACAAGCAGUGGCCAAUGUCAUUGACGAAAACAUCAAGCUGUGCAGGAGACUGAUCAUCAUCUUAGUUCCCGAAUCCCUGAGCUUUGACUUGUUAAAGAACAUGUCGGAAGAACAAAUUGCAGUCUACAAUGCGCUCAUCCAGGAUGGGAUGAAGGUCAUCCUGAUUGAACUGGAGAAAGUCAAGGACUACGCGGCCACGCCGGAGUCAAUUCAGUACAUCAAGCAGAAGCAUGGGGCCAUCCAGUGGAGUGGGGAUUUCACAGAGCAGUCACAGUGUGCAAAGUCCAAGUUCUGGAAACAAGUGAGAGGCUCCUUUUCUCAAGGUUCUGGCCUUUCAUAUGUUUGGACACGGUGCUGGUGUUCUCAGGCUUGAAUAUACUCUCCUAGUGACAGACCAAGUGCUCUGAAUCAGGAUUUGUACAAUACAGCCACAUGUCUUCAAAGAUGGAUAAAACUUGUCUUAUUCCAGUAAGUUCUGUCCUUUUAAACAGUGGCCCUUUCUGAUAAUUUGAGGAGCAAUGUGGAUAUCUCCCUAGAAAAAAUGUACGUACAAAAUUUUGGCCCGAAUUUUGAGAAGGUUGACUUGAGUUUUUCAAGUUCCUCAAAGGGACCUUACGGAAGGUCCCCAGGCCAUGGGAAAAAGACCCCUUCCCUAGAGGGACUUUCAUUUCUGUACGUAUAAGAUGUGAUCUCGGAAUUUUAUAUGAUUCUGUGUAGAGGUCCAGUGAUAAACGUGCCGAGU